CAGGGAGUGACACCACGGUCCAUUUUGCCGAUUUUCCCAGCCGUUUUUGAGAUAUUUUCAUGUGUAGUUUAAUGAGAAAGAUAUCCGCCAUGACAGCAUUUUGGCCCGCCAUGUUGGUAUUUUGGUUUAUAUUAACAGAACAUUCUCUACUUUUACAGUCAACGUUUCUAAACGUAAACACAAAUAUGAUCUGUCAUAAUCACAUUCACCACUUCUAAUAUGCUUCAGAGAGCUUCUGACAGCGCCAUCCAUCCGAAGCGUUUGAAACAUUAAAGGCUUUUGCUGAUUUUUUCUGCCGCAUUUUCAUUCGAGCUAUCGCCUUAUGUAAUAAAAAAAUAUGAUGUGUUUGCGUUUUGUGAGAUUUGCGUUUUCCGAGAUUCUACUGUAAAAAAUAAUAAAUUACACUGACCAACUUCAUCAAUUCGAUGAAGUUGCUUGAAAUUUAUAGAAAUUCCGAUACGUACAAAAAUCCAAUCAUAAUGUCCCAAAAUGAUCCACAGAGAAUAUAAACAACGCAUCAAAUUGGUUUCAUACGUAAUACAUGUAAUACAACAACAACUCUAUGUAGAAAAAACGCUUUGUUUCGUUUUCUUUGGAACUUACGCUGUUUUUAUUCCCACCGAUUCAAAUAUAUUUGAUACUAUAAAAUGGUAGUCAAUAUUUUUGCACAAGGGAUAUGAUAAUGUUUAUAUAAAUAUCUAAUAUAUUCACUAACUUGACAAAAUUUUCUGUUUUCAAUUUCAUUCUAGCAAAUCAAAUGUAAGACCUAGAUUUUUUUGAACGAAAAUUAUGCCAAUGUGAAUCAGAAGAAACAACAAUAAAAGAGUUUAAAUUAAUAACAUCUACCACAGAAACUUAAAAUCGAAGAUUAAAAUAAACACCAUUUAUCUCAUUUAUUUUUUUCGAUAGACAGAUAAAUGUAAUUCUAACGUAUGUAGGCAAUAUAAAUUAAGGGAUACAAGGAAUGAUUGUUUCAAAGACAGCAAUCUAUUGAUACAAUUGAAAUAAAAAUUUUUUAUUUAAAACACACGUUUUUUUUUAUUUCGAGCUAUCAAACACAGAAUAUGUGGGAAAAUAUGUUAUUCUAUAAAACUCAAUGAUAUAAUAUUUUGGCAAAUUAAAAAAAGCUUGAAAACGUUAAAACUAUCUAACGGCGAACCACAAUAAUCCGUGUCUAAAAGUGUGCAUAUAUAAAUUCAACACAAUUGAAUAAAUUACAGUAAAUCAAUUCAUUAUAUUCAUUCCAGAAAUAUCGUAGAAAAUCUUGAUUAUUCAAAUAUGAGAAAGAAUCGAAAAUCAAAGAGUAAAACAUAACAUGAAAUAAUGUGAGUAGACUGAAAUUGGUCGUUGGUCUGGAAAUUAGGCAUAUAUAGUGAUUGUUUUUAGAGGAAAUAUUGUGUUAAAAGUAUGUAGGAGAAGUAUUUGAUGGCAGUCAUAACGAAAGCAGUAGUUUCAAAUUAACGUGUAAAUUGAAAAAAUAGAUUUUGUGCAAUGGGUUCAUGGGCACAAAGAAUGCAUAGACGUGCUGCUAGUGUUGUUACGUGUGGUCAUCCUGGUGGUGUGCCGUAUCCACACAGAUUAGAAAAGGUGAAGUUCGGAGUGAAUUUGGAUGAAGUUUGCAAGCCAGAAUAUCCCAGUAUCCCUGGACCUUUACUAGUACUCAUUUUGAAACUCAAUAAAGAAGCUCCUCUCCGUAAAGAUGUUUUCCGCGCUCCAGGCCACCAAGGUGCUAUGAAAAAAUUAAUACAUUUUUUACAAGCUGGCCGAUUGGUAAAUGUCGACAACUAUUCCGUAUACACCAUAGCUAGUGUGUUGAAAAAAUUCCUGCGAAAAUUACCAAAUGGUAUUUUUGGACGAGAAGUUGAAACUGAACUAUUUCGAAUAAUCGAAAUAGAAGACGAACUUGAGAAGCAAACAAGAAUUCAUAG